AUGCCGGCGACAUUAAAAGAGUUCGAGGCCGUCUUCCCCACGCUCGUGGCGGAUUUGAAGGCGCAUUGCCAGAAAUACAAAUUGCCCGAGCAGGCGCUCCAAUGGUUUGAACAGAGCGUGAACCACAACACUCUCGGAGGCAAAUGCAACCGCGGCCUCUCCGUCAUCGACACGACGCAGCUGCUCCUCAACAAAGACCUCUCGCAAGAUGAGUUCUUCCGCGCCGCCACCCUCGGCUGGCUCAUCGAGCUGCUGCAAGCCUUCUUCCUCGUCAGCGACGACAUCAUGGACGCCUCCAAGACCCGGCGCGGCCAGCCGUGCUGGUACCUGAUGCCCAACGUCGGCAUGGUCGCCAUCAACGACGCCUUCAUGCUGGAAAGCAGCAUCUACCUGCUGCUGAAGAAGUACUUCCGGCAGGAGAAGUACUACCUCGACCUCAUCGAGCUCUUCCACGAAGUCUCCUUCCAAACGGAGCUGGGGCAGGAGUGCGACUUGCUCACAGCGCCCGAGGACCAUGUCGACUUGGACAACUUCUCCAUGGACAAGUACACGUUCAUCGUCAUCUACAAGACGGCCUACUACUCCUUCUACCUCCCCGUGGCGCUCGCGCUGCACUUUGCGGGUUUCGCGACGGCAAAGAAUCUCAAGCAGGCCGAGGACAUUCUCAUCCCCAUGGGCGAGUACUUCCAGGUGCAGGACGACUACCUCGACAACUUCGCCGACCCCUCCGUGCUGGGCAAGAUCGGCACCGACAUCCAGGACAACAAGUGCAGCUGGCUGGUCAAUCAGGCGCUCAAGAAGUGCACUCGGGAGCAGCGCGCGGUGCUGGAGGAGAACUACGGGCGGAAGGAUGCGGCGUGCGAAGCAAAGGUCAAGAAAUUGUUCGACGAGCUCAAGCUCGAGCAGGACUACAAGGACUACGAGGAUCGGAGGGUGACGGAGAUUCGGGAGAAGAUUGCGGCGCUGGAUGAGAGCGAGGGCUUGAAGAAGGGGGUGUUUGAGGAGUUUCUCCGCAAGAUUUACAAGCGCACUAAAUAG